CCCAUUCUCUGCCAGCGCCCCUGCCCUCUUAGAGCUGCACCUCCCCAAUCCGCCGUCCAGCUCGCGCCUCCCUCGCCCAUCACGGCCUCAUCUGUCACCUAUAAAAGCCUCUCCCUCCUCCAUUUCUUCCUUUCUCCACCACACUCCUUCUCACGAUCCUUGACGAACUUCAACACCGAAUCUCUCACCUCAUUUGCUCUGUCACGCAAGCCUUGCAAUUCAUUGCUCCCCACCACUCCAAUGCCUGUCAAGCCCCAAGAUUGGGCCAUGGUCAUCAUUGUCCUUGGAAGCGCCGUCACCUUCGUCGUCAUGCUCACGAUCUCGAGUCUUCUCAAUGGCUACCGCCUCCCUCGCUUGAUCUUUCUUCGUACUCGCCGCGUACGCGCCUCCGACUUAAAGCCCGAGUCGACCAACGGUUCUUCAACCACUGAAGACAUCGAAAUGCAGGCGCAGACUCCCACGCCUCGCAACAGCUCUCAAGAUCCGGAAGCCGGUCAGUCCCAUGACGAUGAUCUCGAUGGCUCCAAAUUCGACUACAUCGAGGAGGACCGCCAGUACCAGUUCGUCAACGGCUGUCAGUUGUGUGAGGAGAACCACCACGCUGGUCAUCACCUCCACAUCCAUCGCGCCCAGGAGCUCCAGGAGACGCAGACCAGUCAGCGUCGCAAUGCUUCGGAGCAGCCUCGCGUCGCUCCCAACACCCAGGCCACUGAGCAUGGCGGCAACCAAGACACUGAGCGCGGUGACACUGAACACACGUCUGCUGCUGUCACUUACUCUCGCAUUCCCUCUCCCUUGUACCAGCGCGGUGACUUCGAGCGCACUCCUGGCCGCUUCGACAUUGACUAG